AUGUCGGCCUUAUCUAUUGAUCCUACGAGCGGUGCUACCGCUGUUCCCGAUGUGGAUUGGGAAGGCCCUCCAUAUCCUCCUCCGCCGCUCCCUCCAGAAGCGCCACCCCUGCCAAUCCUUGAGCAGACGCCAGUGAAGGCAUGUUUUUUUGACUUAGAAAGGAACAUGCACGCCCGACCUCCCAUCUCUCUUGCCGACAUGGAAGAAGAAGCCGAGGCAAAGUUUGGUGUCCUCGAGGACAUGGCCCGUGAGAGUCGUUUUGGGGCCAGCCUAGCUCAUUUGCCUCAUUCAAAAGUAGACUGGAGCACCUCUACUGAAGCAAUGGCAGCUGGGGCUCUCUGCUGGAUCCCAGAAGCAGGAUGUGGUGGCUUUGCGCCUGGAGUUCUUAUCACUGACGACAUAGUCAGAGAUCACUUUCGGAGCCGUGUUCAUAAGAACCACGAAGAAGCCAUGCGGCUAGAGGCCGAAAAUAAAGAACCAUCUCCUCCUCCCCCAGAGCCUAGGUUCGUCAUGUUCCGUACCAUGAACAUUGUGUUCCUGGAUCCUCCUGGCGACCCGGAUCGGGUGAUUCCCGAUUCUUAG